AUGAGCAAGUGUAACGGGAGGUGCACGCUGGUCGGGUUCUGCUGCCUGCAGCUGGUGGCAGCCCUAGAGCGGCAGGUCUUUGACUUUCUGGGCUAUCAGUGGGCUCCUAUCCUGGCCAACUUCCUUCACAUCAUGGCCGUCAUCCUGGGCAUCUUUGGGACUGUGCAGUACCGAUCCAGAUAUCUCAUCAUGUAUGCAGGCUGGCUUGUUCUCUGGGUUGGCUGGAAUGCAUUCAUCAUCUGCUUCUACUUGGAAGUUGGGCACUUGUCUCAGGACCGAGACUUCAUCAUGACCUUCAAUACCUCCCUGCAUCGAUCCUGGUGGAUGGAAAAUGGUCCUGGCUGCCUGGUGACACCCGUGCUGAACUCCCGCCUGGCCCUGGAAGACCACCAUGUCAUUACCGUCACUGGCUGCCUGCUUGACUACCCCUACAUUGAGGUGCUCAGCAGCGCCCUUCAGAUCUUCCUGGCACUAUUUGGUUUUGUGUAUGCCUGCUACGUCAGCAAAGUGUUCCUGGAGGAAGAGGACAGCUUUGACUUCAUUGGAGGCUUUGAUUCCUACGGUUACCAGGCCCCCCAGAAGACUUCGCAUUUACAAUUGCAGCCUCUCUACACGUCGGGGUAGCCCACGCUCCGGCCCGCCGCGGCGCUGGACACUGGACCCCGCCCUCCGGACAUUCCUGUGCCGUAGUGGAGCCACCUUCCUCUUCAUACCUGGCCCGUCCAGCCGAGCUCUCCUCUGGGCCAAGGCCCAGCGCCCACGCUGCGGGGCGGCCACACACGGAGCCACGGACAGGCGCGCCCCCUGCUGGACCGCGAGGACACAGCCCCGGCUCGGACCUGCGGGCGGAGCCCCGGCAACUUGGGGGGAGGGCGGGGAAGGAACUCGUGGGAUUUGUAUGUUUUAUUUUGUUUUUUAAACUUGGCCCUGGUACUGAGCCUGUACCUCCCCUCUCUGAUCCUACCCGCCCUCCUCCUCCCUUUACCGCCAUUGCCACUCCUUCCACUGGGGAGCCCCUCCCCCCGCAGUGGAGCCCCCUCCCCUUUCUGUUGCGGGGGGGUGGGGUGGGGUGGACACCCACCUUCUGGGAGGACAGAUUGUCAAAAGACCCCAAAGGCAAACAAUACACGAAAAC